AUGAAAAUGUCAUGGCCCUCGUCAUGUUCGCGUCCAUUCGUUCUUGGAAGUUCUUCGACCGCCUUGCCCCGCUUCCUUUCAAGUAGGAGGGGUGUGCUGCGAGCAUAUCAUGACUCGUCCUGGCGGAGAGCAGGAGGAGAGUAUUCAUCGAAUGUGGUAGCGGGCGCGGGUCAAGGUACCAUGAGUGAAACAAGACGAGGACGAGGACCACUCCUAACUGGAGUUGAGUCUGACUGGAGGACACAGAAAAGAGCCUUCAGUUCAAAGGAUAAAGACGCGACACCCGAAACGUUAUCCUCUUCGUCGUCAGCUGCUAAAGCAGAAGCUGUUCACCUUUCACCUUCAUCUAGUUCCUCAUCUAGGUCCACGACGUUUUCAGAGGCUACGGCCACUGCAGCAAGAACACGACCUAUACAAGAUAAUGACCAAGACCAACAUGAUCAAAGUCGUGAACAACCUGCUCAGACGCGGUCGAUAAGUUGUUCUUCGUCAGCGCUAAGUGAGGGAACUUCAUCAGUUGUUACCAAAGGCAGAUCAAACGUAGAACAAGACGUAGAGGUAGAUAUCGCUGUACAUGCAAAUGUUAAGGCUGUAACUAAUUCAUCUUUCGGCGCAGCCCUGAAAAGUUAGUAUGAGAGAGGGAAUAUCUCCCUCAUACUAACUUUUCAGGGAUGAAGCUGAAAGAUGAGUUUUGCGUAGGUCUAAAAAUGAUUCCAGCAGUGAUGAUCAUCUAUCGAAGAACGAAAUACAACAAGGAAAGGUGGAGACCACUACUUCCGCAGAACAAGUAGUUGCAGCAGCUGUCCCCAGUGUCCCUCUCGACGACUUGCCAGUGCAGGUUCAGUGGAAAAUAUCGUGGUAUUGCGGAGAGUGCGGAAAGUAUUGCUACAAAGACGAAGUUGCACCCAUGCGGAAAUUCUGUGGGCGUAUGUGGAGGAAGUACAUGGAAGUUGACGAUAGACAUUGUCCGUUGUUUUUGGCAGCUAAGGUUAAGGCUCAACACCAUUUAGUUUCAGAUUGGGGUCACCAUUCAGAUUGGGGUCACUGAGAUCGAAGAGGAGACCCCUGGAUUUAGAAUAGGGGAAAAUGAAGGGAAAAGGGGAGAGCUUCGCAGGUGGUCCCUUCCGUUCAGCAUCAGUGACCCCUGACUGCUGACCUUUAAUAGGGUGAAAGACGACUUGGUUUUGAGUAGGGAGAUAGGGUGGAAAGACAUGCCGAGGAUUAAGGGGAGAAGCUGAAGAUUGGUUGUGAAGUGAAGUCGUGUGGUGGUAGUUGUAGAGUGGCGAAUGAAUGUGGACACAGGAAAAUAACUGAUGAUAAAUCAGAGUAGUUUAUAGCACGCAUGGUGCAUGGAGUGCAUGGAGCGCAGAGCUUUAAGGGGCGCAAGAAGCUCCCCCUUUAGCUCCAUGCUACUCCAUGCGAUCCAUGCACUCCAUGCCAUGCG